AAGCGGCGCAGGAACCCUAAUUACACCGCGAAAUUAGUAUUUAAACGAGGUUGUGGUCGCUAUUUAUCAUUCGUGUUGACAAACUUGAAAAGAACAACAUCGACGACUUCACAGCAGACGAUAUUUUCGGCGACUUCGUUCCAACCGCAUUUUCGCAUUUUAUCACGGCCCGUACGUCUGCAAACUUUGCUCGAGCAGACGAAGUCCAAUCAAGAAGUCAUUUGAAGGCAGAGAUAGCUUGGACGAGUUGAGAUCUCCGCUCGCUCAGCGGGGAGCUUUUCCACAACCGAUUAUAACAACCUUUGGAUAAAAUCUUCCUUGGAGUUUUCACUAAAUUUUGACUUUGGAUACAGAGUUUAAGGAUUAACUUUCGAAAAUUGGGUUGGGUCUUGCCCUUGGUGUUUUUAAGGGGGCUUUAUAGCCUGUGACGCCUGACGGACGCUAGCGGAGUACCAUGCACACCCGGACUUUCAUCAGUUUUAUAUUCUUAGCGGCCUUACUUCUCCUGAAAUGUUACCUCACCACAGGGACCCGUUGGUUGGUAUUGGCUAAGAUGUCACAAAUCAGCAGUAUCCAGAACGUAGACUUCUGUAACCGGCUGAAGGGGCUUGUAAAGCGACAGAAGCAGAUCUGCCGGCGGAAUCUGGAAGUAAUGGAGAGUCUGAGGCGAGGAGCCAACUUAGCCAUAGACGAGUGCCAAAAUCAGUUCAGGAAUAGGCGCUGGAAUUGUAGUAUAGUUAACCAGGCUAACUUAUUUGGAAACGUACUUAAGCAGGGUACGCGAGAGGCAGCAUUUGUACACUCAAUAUCAUCAGCGGGCGUGGCGCAUGCGGUGACCAGGGCCUGCAGCAGUGGGGAACUACGCAAGUGUGGGUGCGACCGGAGCGUACGAGGAAGGAGUCCGGACGGGUUCGAGUGGUCGGGGUGUUCAGAUAACAUCGCGUUUGGCGCAGCAUUUAGUAAAGCGUUCGUGGACGCGAGGGAGAGGGCGAAGCGGUACGCAGGCACCAACAGAUCCUUGAUGAAUUUACAUAAUAAUGAGGCUGGAAGAAGGGCCAUCCAUGACAACAUGAAAGUCCAGUGUAAAUGCCACGGCGUUUCCGGUUCCUGUGAGCUAAAAACAUGCUGGAAGGCCACGCCCUCUUUUAGAGAAGUUGGCGCCAAGUUAAAAGAGAAAUUCGACGGAGCAACGGAAGUGGACCAGCAACGAGUUGGGACACGACGCCAGUUGAUGCCGAUUAAUACACAGUAUAAACCUCAUACGACGGGUGACUUGGUCUAUAUGGAUGCAUCCCCCGAUUUCUGUGAGCCUGACAAAGAGACUGGGUCCUUAGGGACGCAUGGCAGGCUCUGUAACAAGGACUCUAAAGCCAUCGAUGGCUGUGACUUAAUGUGUUGUGGUCGCGGGUUCAAGACCAAGAAGCGGACAGUGAUAGAACGCUGUAAUUGUAAGUUUUAUUGGUGUUGUUACGUCAAGUGCAAGGAGUGCCGGAAGGAGGUCGAGGAGCAUCGCUGUAUCUGAGAGUCAAGGUCAAGGUCAUCUGCGACAAAAAUAGAUCAAUAAAAAGUGACACCACUGUUCGUCUGAUUCCAGAUAAACCUGAUGUUGUCAAUCAAGCCUGUACCGGUAUUUCAAGGGAAGGUUAGAGUACAGAACAUUGGUGAACUAUAGUUUGUGCUAUCGCCGUUCGAUGUUCUCGCAAACCGAUUUGCAUCACGAUGUGGAAUCAAGAUGGCGAAAGCCUCGUUUUCACUGAGGCUACACUUCGUAUUUCGACCUAAUUCUGAUGACGUGUGGCUGACGUUUUCUCAUGUGCUCCAAAAACUCACGGAGGCCUCUACGCGUACGCGAUGCCAUAACUUCCAAGGAGUCAUUUUCAUGAUAUAUGUAUAUACUGAUAUGACUUGUUGUAAACUUGAUGAAUGACGUUUUUAUGCGCAGAUUCAUAAUAUUUUGUAUAUUUUGCGUCUACUAGGAGUGCUAGGUUUUGUCUAAUAAUAUUCGGGGUUCGAUGAACAACCCUGUCGAAAUGUAGGCCAACAUUUUCCUAACAAAUUUCGGUCUUGCACUGCAUUUUGGAAGGUUUGUACUAAAUUAUAUUGAUUGACAAUUAAUCUUCUUUGCUACGCUCAUGACUGAGCCUUUUGCCUCCCACAAUUAUGUAUCAACUCGACUAGUAAAAUCAACAACAUUUAGGAUCUAAUUUGAUUAAGGUCCAGAUGUCCAAAUUUAGGCCAAAUCGUAUGAUCAUUCGGUUAAGAACACCAUAUAGAAUUUCUUUAGUGAUUCUGUGUAUUUUGAUAUCAUGCAAAGCGUCUUGUAAUCAUGUACAUAUCGAGUAUACACGAGUCUGAAUGUCCUAUUCAGAAGUUGAUGUAGUUUUGGUUGAUAGUUAGACAAGGUUAUAUUGGUGUAAUUUAUUUCGUGUCGAGAGAUUAUGCAAUCAAAAUGAAUAAGAUAUUGGCAAAUCUGCUUCGAGAUUAUAGAAAAUUUAGAAAGUAAUCAACGAGGAUUAAUUACAUUAUCUGAAUAACUUUAGAAUAUUGUCAGAGCGGUGCCCAGUUCAAGUAUGCCGCUUACUGCUGUAUCGUACUGCGCCGGGGAUGCAUACUUCGGCACUGCCACCACAACCGAAUUGACUCCAAACCCUGCUCUCGGAAAUUCCUUAAUUGUUAACAAUGAAAAGGUUGACACCGCACAGGCUGGAUAAUUUGAUCAGAUUUAUAUUGACUGGUUGCAAUAGAUCAUUUAU